AACUGACGACACCGGAAAUGACGUUCAGAGACCGUCUAUUACAGGAAGUGGCCGCGGUAUCGUCUCUAUAGGUGUGUGUACUCUGCUCCAAACAAACUUUCAUCGAUCCAACAGUGCUUUACGACACUCCUCUUCACGACUACUUGUCACAUUCGGCGGAAAUGGCUUAUCCAGGCUACGGUGGGUAUGGUGCACCGAUGCCAGGGAUGCCCCACCAGGGCAUGCCCCACCACCAGGGUCACCCUAUGGCCGGGCACCCCAUGGGCCAGAUGGGGGGCCAACCCCAGGGGGCAUACGCUCAGUACGGCGCUCAGUACCAGGGCGCCGCCUACGGAGCCCCCCCUCCUGCCACCAACGACCCCAUGUAUGGAUACUUCACCGCCAUCGCUGGCCAGGAUGGAGAGAUCGACGCAGACGAGCUCCAGCGCUGUUUGACACAGUCUGGGAUCAGCGGGACCUACACCCCGUUCAGCUUGGAGACGUGCAAGAUCAUGAUCGCAAUGUUGGACCGAGACCACACGGGCAAGAUGGGCUUCAACGAGUUCAAGGACCUGUUCACCGCGCUGAACGGCUGGAAGCAGAACUUCAUGAUGUUCGACCGGGACCGCAGCGGCACCGUGGAGCCCCAGGAGAUGUCCCAGGCCGUCAGCGCCAUGGGCUACAGGGUGAGCCCGCAGGCCCUGAACGUCAUCAUCAGGCGCUACAGUAAAAAUGGGCGAGUCUACUUUGACGACUACGUGGCGUGCUGUGUCAAGCUCAGGACGCUCACAGACGUCUUCAGACGCAGGGACACCAUGCAGCAGGGAGCUGUCAGCUUCCAGUAUGAUGACUUCAUCCUCUGCACCAUGUCCAUCUAAACUCCACCACGGACACCGCUUUGGCCACGGCAACCAACAAGACCCCCAAGUGGUAUUCCACUUUAAUUUCCCAGGAAAUUCAAAAAGGAGAGCCAUCAACGGUGGUAACAAGCAAAGAGGA